UCGCCGUGGUGCUUGUGUGUUUUUUUCCCCCCGGCGGUGAAACAGUCAGAAGGUCUUCCAACAGGAAAAAGCGCCAACUUCUGCUGCUGCACCGUCUGCGAACCGUGCGGAUACUCUUAAAUGACUCUAGGACGGGAUGUUCUGUGAAAUACAUCAAACCUAAACGUGUGAUGACUUCUUCAGGGGGCGCUGCUGCUGCUGCUGCUGCUGCUGCUGCUGCAUCUUAGCAAGAAAAGAAAACCCAACACCCCUCUCCACCUUCCUUAGGGUUACCUAAAUAAGAAGAUGCCAGGCCUGCAGGGUGAAAAUGUUGCCCACAGCAGCCCCGUCAGGAGGAGUCGUCUGUCUCUGAAGUGUCUGCAGAAGAAAGAAACUAAACGGGCUCUGGAUUUCUCUGAACCUCCAGCGGAAGAUCCCAACACGGAGGAACCAGAGGAGGCUGAGGCCAGCACCUGUGAUCAGGUAGUCCCUGCUCCUCCCCCGUGUCCUAACUCACCGGGCCUCCUCCUGCCCUGCGACAAGAGAGAGAACCUGGUGCCCUUUGUUGGGCUCAACAACCUGGGCAACACCUGCUAUUUGAACAGCGUCUUACAGGUGCUGUACUACUGCCCAGGUCUCAGGGAAGGCAUAAAGAAACUGUACGACCUGUCCAAAAGGAAAGAGAAACUAAAGCAAGAGUCAGAUAAAAGCGAAGAGCAGGCUGAAGUCGCUGCUGAAGAUUCACCAGCUCAGAUCGAGCUCCUCGGGAGCUUCAACAGUCUGAUAGCAUCAGUGGAGCAGCUGCAGUCCAGCUUCCUGCUCAACCCCGAGAGCUUCAGCGAGGGAGAACUCGCCACACCGCCUCGUAAAAUACUCCACACACUCAGGCAGUUGAACCCCAUGUAUGAAGGCUAUCUUCAGCAUGACGCCCAGGAGGUGCUGCAGUGCAUGCUGGGAUACAUCCACGAGGCUUGUGACACCAUCCGAAAGGAGCAGAAGUUGGAGAGCGAGGUUGAAGAUGUGACUGAGGUGAAAGCGGACGGUCUCGGCUCUGAAUCCAAAACUGGCCAGGAGGAGGACGGCCAAGUCGGCGGCAAGAGGAAGAGCGACACCGAGGUGGGAAACGCCAAAAAGAAACCGAAAUCAGUCAAGUCAAAGAAAUGUGACGCAGAGGAAGCUGGCGUGAGUAGAGACGCGCCCCUCAGACGCUCCAAAAGGAAGUCCUCCAGUGACAUCACGCCCGACAGCAACCAAGACAAGAAGAAGGAGGAGGAAGGGGUAACGAAACCUAACGGGGAGGAGGAGGCCGGAGGGAGUGACGGUGAGGGCAAAGGGGAAAACUCUAAAGAGACGGAGGGCAAAAGAAAGAAGAAGGCUAAGCUUAGCUGGCUGAGGCCGUCCGGGAAACAGCCGAGUAUUUUCUCCAAGUUCCGCAGCGUGGGGAAGAUCAGCUCCAUGAGCGCCAAGUGUCAAAUCAAAGCAGAGCAGGAGGACGAGACCGCCGACGACGACCGGCGUCAGAACGAGAAGAGCAGUGAGGAGAGAUCGACAGGAGACACGGCUGACGACAAGAAGACAGUAAAACCUGGAGAUGGUCUGGACCUGAUGGAGCGCUUGUUCCAGGGUCAGCUGGUCCUGAGGACUCGCUGUCUGGAGUGCGAGAGCUUCACGGAGAGGAGAGAAGACUUCCAGGACAUCAGCGUCCCCGUGCUCGACGACCAGCCGAGCAGUCCAGAAGACCUCUCAAAAGUCUCUCCUGAUCCCAAACCAGAGCUGAAGACUCUGAAGUGGGCCAUCGGCCAGUUCGCCUCUGUGGAGCGCAUCGUAGGAGAGGACAAAUAUUUCUGUGAGACGUGUCAUCAUUACACGGAGGCCGAGAGAAGUCUGCUGUUUGAUAAAACUCCUGAAGUGAUCACCAUUCACCUGAAACGAUUCUCCGCCAGCAGCUUGGAAUUGGACCCGUAUGCAGGUCUGUGUAAAGUGAACACCCCCCUGCAGACCCCCCUGACUCUGUCCCUGGAGGAGUGGUGCACGCGACCAUCAUCCAAGAAGGGUCAGCGCUAUCAGCUGUUUGCUGUCGUCAUGCACAGCGGCGUCACCAUCAGCAGCGGCCACUACACCGCCUACGUGCGCAUGAGUGACCUGAAAGACGCGAAGCUGUGGCUGCAGGACGGAAAAGAAACGGAGGAGAGAGAGGAGGAGCAGAAGGAGAACAAAGAGGGAACACGGGCGAAGGAGGAAGUGCUGGAGUACGACGAUGGAGAGGUGUCGUUCAGCCUGAACGGAAGGGGACAGAGGGGCGCCAGUUUGGCUAAGGGCAAAACGGGAGGCAAAAAGGUCUCGGAGGGCGGGGUCGGACUCUUGGGGGGUCAGAGGAGCGUGUCCAGUUACGAUCUUGGGAACAGCAGCAGCAAACACACAGAGAAAGCAGGCAGUAGUGGGGCAACAGAGGGAUCCAAACGGAGGAAGAACAUCAACAGCACUGAAGCGGGACUUAAAAAAGAGUCAGAGGAAGCAACGACAACCUCCGGCGGUGGAGCGGAGGCCAGCCAGCAGCAGGCUGUGAACAACCUCCUGGAGUACGAGGGCAAGUGGAUGCUGUUUGAUGACUCUGAGGUGCGUUUGUUCGAGGAGGAGGACUUCCUGCAAGCGUGCUCACCUGAGACGUGCUCCUCGUCGACUCCGUACCUGCUGUUCUACAGGAGGAUGCCUGAACCUGUGAACACAUGAGCCGCUGCUGACUCAGGGGAGGGGAGGGGAGGGGGGGGUUCUGCCAGUAGCCAGUUUGGCACCCACACACACAGACUAAUGUAUUAUGCAAAACUACUAAUGGUGCCAAAAAGACUGCUGCUGCCAUGUUAGCACCUGUUGAUACUUUAUGAACUGAGCUCCUGCUUCAGGAUUCACCUCAAGAGAUUUCCUCGAGCCAGUGUAGGCUCUUCUUAGAAACGGGGUUUCCUUUUGUGUGUCAGGGAUGACUCUUUUUUUUCUGUUGCUCUUGCCUCUGUAGACUAAACACAGCGGCACAUCUUUAUGCUGUUUGUAUCGACAUUCCUUGGACACUGGUUUUGAAUCUUUUUCUGUCACUGUCUCUUAAACAUAUCUUGUUUUUCAUGUUUGCUUAGUAACUCAGUUUGUAUGGAUCCAUUUUUUUACUAACUGAAAAAAGCACUUUUAGACUUAAAAUUUAUGAAAACGCAAAUGUUGGACAAUGUAUUUUUUUUUUUUUUAGCCGAAGUCUUUUUCUAUAAUCAUUAAAUUCAAAUUUACAUAAAAAGCCAAAGUCAACUGGGAUCCAAAAAUCUUUCCAUUUGCAAAUCAUUGAAGAAUAUGCUUUUGUGAGAAUUAAGUCAUGUGAAGUUUUGAAGUUCAUUUUUUUCCCCCACUGCCCAUUUUAAGCUUCUGCUGACACAUGCGAACAGCAAGUCCACAUUUUAUGCAGGACACACACUGGCAUGUUUUUACAUGAAACACGCUGAGGAAGCAGAGCGGGAUUUUCUGGCACAACUUCACCGACUAUCAAGGUGCAUAAAGAGUGAAAGGCUUGAAGAGGUCAAAACGCUCCAGAAACGCGUCAGAUUAAUUUGUUAAUAAAGUUGAACUUCAUGCUAAAAGAGUUGCUGAAGUGUUUUGACCUCUACAUGAAACACACUGAAAUGUUAAAUGAAACAAGUAUCAAGUUCAUAUGUAAAUGAUGUUGAUGGAACGUUUCAGCAGCCAAGUUUCUCCCUCAGGCCGGACAUCACACACUCUUUAAAAGCCAUGUCAGUAAUGUCCUUGUAAUUGUUAAGAUGAUGAUUUUUACUUUAAAUCAAAUGUUGCAUUCGUUUGUGCUUGUUCAGCAACUUUUUGGGAGUUAUUAAGACGUAACUUUGACAUGUGAAAAACAUGCAUCUGCCUGGGUCAUUUAAAAUAUGCAGGGACGUUUACAUGGCUCAUCUCAGGUUCUACAGCAAAGUGUCGAAGUGCGUUAUAUUCAGGUUUCACUUUUAGAUCUGGGAAGUUUUUCAUCGAAGUGCUGACUGAUCUGGUUCAGUGUGACAACAGAUCCAGUAAGAGUGUCGUCUGUUUUAACAGCUGUUCUUUGAUUAACGAUGGCGGGUUCUUACUAUAAGCAAUAAAACUUUUUAUCCUCA